GCGGCGAAGCUCUGGCACUAGCCUCUUCGCCUUGUUGCAAUGCAGCUGGCACUGCCAUCGCACGUCUCAGGCUUGCCUAGCGCAGUUCCAGCCCGGCAUGUGCACACCGCGAACCCCCGUGGUUGGAAGCUGCCGCCGACCCCGGCAAUGGCUGCUGUACUGGCAGGGGCAGUGACAGUCACGCGAAGACUUCCCAAAGUCAGGGCAACGGAAAAGACGCAGACCAUGGAGCGCCCGCUUCUGGACAACUUGAUCACUUCAGGAGUGAAGGCCUUGGAAGCUGCCGAACUCCAGCGCGUGAAGUCAGCCUCUGAGACGCCCAGCGAGGGCAACGGGAACUGGAGCGGCGAGCCCCGCGAGUGGGCCAACUCGGACUCUGUGACGCAGCAAAUUUCGCGAUUAUCACAGAUGGGUCCCUUGGCGCAGGCAAAACAAUUCAUUGCAGACAAAUUGGCUGGAGACUAUGAUGAAGAGCGGAUUGGACAACUCAUCGACGACAAGAUCAACUCCAACAAGAUCAUGAUGUUCUCCUUUUCUACCUGCCCCUUCUGCUUGCGAGCCAAACAAAUCCUUGAAGAGGAUUAUGGAGAGCAGAUUGAGGUGUAUGAAUGCGACCUGGAACCAGACGGAUAUGCAGUGAGGGCGGAGCUUGGGCGAAGAACGGGACGCACCUCAAUGCCUUCCACCUGGCUCGGCCCAACGCAGUUGGGUGGCUGCAAUGAUGGCGGCAUAGGAGGAGUUGCCACGUUGGACCAGGAAGGGCGCCUGGGUGCUUUGCUAGCUGAGCGCCGCAUGGGCUCGCCGCUGGAGUGGCUUGCAGCACUUGGCCGGCCAGAUCAACAGGAGACAGUGAACCGAAAGAAGGCUUUGGUGGCUGCUUGCGAAGAGGCCCCGAAGAAUGGAGUGGGCGCCGAUGAAGACACCCGGGCAAAGGUGGAGGCCGCUGCGUUUGCUUUGGAGGCUUCCUGUCCGUCGCAGCCAGCGCAGAUGACCCUGAACGGGGUGUGGGAUCUUGUGUACAGUACCGCUGAGGGGAGCUCCAACGGCAAGAUUGGCCCACUGGUUGGUGAUGUGACGCAAACGUUCGUUGACGACACACGAUUCGUGAAUGCAGUGGAAUUUGGCCCUCUUCGUGUUGCGCUGGAGGCGGAACGAAAGAUCCUGGACGACCGGCAAAUCAGGGUCAGCUUCAAAGAGACGGUUUUCUCACUCUUCGGGCUGGAGAUGUUCCGAAAGCCCACAAAAGGCUCUGGAGUGUGGACUCAGAGGUUCGUUGACGCCGGACUUCGAGUGAUGGACACUCCUUCACUCUUUGUGUUACGUAAGAGGAGAGCCUAAACCAACAAUCAAGUUUGCCCUGCUAUGCGCCCAGCUGCCUCGACAUGCGGCCGGGCCUGCUUUUCCAAGUUAUUGCAUCGCGCCGAGCGCAGUUUUCGAUCUGCGGCACCGUCUGUAGCACUACCCUUGGACGCCCACAAGAAGCGGAUUGUUUGAGCUGCA